AGCUGCCCCUUUUCCAUUGCUGUUCUCAGAGGGAGACUCUGGGGCCAGCAGCGGCUGUGACAGAGGUAGUCCAGCUUCCUGGGAUACGCUCAGCUUUCAGGGAGCAACAUUCCCUGGCACAGGUGUUUAAUCCUUGAAGAUGAUGUUUGACUCGGCAGCCGUACCUGGAGAGGUGACCGCCUCUCUCCUAGUCCUGGUGAUUGUUUUUGUCUUUAUACGAGCACGAGGGAGCCAGGAGGGAAAGAAGAUCCCUCCUCCUGGCCCAUGGUCCUUCCCAAUUAUCGGAAAUCUUCUCCAGCUCGGAGCCCAUCCUUACUUGACAUUUAUGGAGAUGAGGAAGAAAUAUGGUGACGUCUUCCUUAUCAAACUGGGAGUGGUCCCUGUCUUGGUGGUGAAUGGGAUGGAAAUGGUGAGGCGCGUGCUGGCCCGGGACGGAGAGCAUUUUGCCGGCAGACCUGCCAUGCACACCUUUUCUUUCCUGGCAGAAGGAAAAAGUUUUUCAUUUUCAGUCAAUUACGGAGAAAGUUGGAAACUUCAUAAGAAAAUCGCCUCGAAUGCUUUAAGGACGUUCUCCAAAGCAGAGGCGAAGUCGUCCACCUGCUCCUGCCUGCUGGAGGAACACGUCGCAGAGGAAGUGGCUGUGCUGGUGAGAGCCUUUGCCGAACUGACUUCCACGAACGGUAGCUUUGAGCCCAGAAGCGUAAUCACGUGCGCGGUGGCCAACGUUGUCUGUGCCCUUUGCUUUGGCAAGAGAUACGAACACAGCGACGAGGAGUUCCUCAAGGUCGUUCAAACGAAUGACGAGUUAUUGAAGGCCUCCAGUGCGGCCAACCCUGCUGAUUUCAUACCGUGCUUCCGCUACCUUCCCUUACGGAUCAUAAAUGCGCCCCGGGAAUUUUACCAGGCGCUAAAUCAGUUCAUCACACGGCACGUGCAAGACCAUCUCACUACCUAUGAUAAGGGCCACAUCCGAGACAUCACUGAUGCGCUGAUUAAUACGUGUCACAACAAGCAUGCGGCUUCCAAAACAGCCACCUUAACUAAUGAUGAAAUCAUCAGCACUGUGAAUGACCUAUUUGGAGCUGGGUUUGAAACAGUCUCAACAUGUCUUUACUGGAGCUUUCUCUAUCUGAUACGUUUUCCAGAAAUUCAAGUCAAGAUUCAAGAGGAAAUUGAUAGAAACAUUGGAUUCAAACCCCCCAGAUUUGAGGACAGGAAAAUCUUACCCUACACGGAAGCUUUCAUCAAUGAAAUUUUCCGCCACGUUUCCUUUCUUCCUUUCACCAUUCCACACUGCACUACAGUGGACACUUCUCUGAAUGGCUAUUUCAUUCCUAAGAACACAUGCACCUUUAUCAACAUGUACCAAGUGAAUCACGAUGAAACUAUUUGGGAUCAUCCCAAUUCAUUUCAACCGGAGAGAUUCCUAACCAAAAAUGGCGAACUGGAUAAAAGUCUUGUUGAGAAAGUCUUGGCAUUUGGCAUGGGAAUCCGGAAGUGUCUGGGAGAAGAUGUCGCCCGGAAUGAGGUCUUCCUCUUCAUCACCACUGUCCUGCAGCAGCUGAAGCUGCAGAAAUGCCCAGGAGCCCAGCUGGACCUGACGCCCACCUAUGGCUUAGCCAUGAAGCCCAAACCAUACCAGCUCAAAGCAGAACUCCGCUUUCCAAAUUAAUUCAGAAAAAGCCAUGUUAUUAAAUUCAUUGACACAGCAUUUAAAGGGCUCUACUGAGCCUGGUAUUAAUGAAACAAUUUGUCUAUCAUCCUAAAAUGGAGACUGAGACUACAUCUCUUCCUCAGAGGUGAACUCUUCCAUUAUCUAUUUCCCGAUUACAACCAGAGUAAAAAUGUACCCGUCAUAUUGUGUAUUCACAAAGUAGAAAUGAAUAAGAAGGUUAUGGGUGUUAUGGUUAAGUUUAUAGAGCCACUUGGCUGGGUCAUGAUUCUUGUUGGUUUGGCAAUUAUGCAAUGAUAUAAUUUGGUAGCUAGGUAGUCCUCCACCAUUUUGUGAUGUGGUUAUUUUGCCACUUCAUAUAAUGCUGAUUUUCCCAUAAUUGAGUUUCCCAUAAUGACCUGGCCUUGGGGACCUACUCAUGUCACUAAGUGAUGAGGAGAUAUGUUUUUUAAAGUGUAGUCGUGCACGCGUUGGGUUUUGACCCGCGUGGUCAGCCAUUUGAAACAGCCAGCAGCUUCAAGAGAGGGAGACGGAGCUCUCUACUCAGGUAGAGUUACAGCCUCAGAAACCCACAGGGGCCCCACUGAGAGUCAGCGCUGACUUGGCAGCAAGUUUGGUUUGAUUUGGCUUCCUAUAAUCCUGUUAUAGGAAAGAGUUCCUCUUUCACGAAGACAGUUUAAGAUAAUGGCAAAAUGUGAUGCAAUUCUGUAGUUUUAGGAUUGGGAAGACCAUGGUGGUUAGUUCAGACAUCACUGGGAGUAGGGUGGGAGCGAAAGAAAUGACUGACUAUGUCAGACCCAUGAGGUUAUCGAUCCUUCCUUAUACCACCUUCUAAUCGAACAGACAUGCUGACAGCUCUUAUGAAUAUAGGGCUCAGAAUAGGAACACAUUUCUGAUAAUAGGAACAAUUAUUUUCAGAGAUAGGAAACAGACAUAUAAAAUAAGGGAGUUAACGUACCUAGAAUAACAGAAUCAUUGAUGGGGGUAAUAGAUGAAUUGAUUUGAAUUGAAUGGAUUUAAAGAUUUAGAGAAACUAAUAGGAAAAUUUUCUCAAAAGACAUUUCAUACCGAUUCUUAAUGUUUCCUAUAUUACAAAUCUAAGUUUAAAGGUUAAAUUGGUUGUUUUUAUAUUUCCACAUUCUUUUGAUAUCUACUAAAUAUAUGUUUUCAAUUAUAUUUUGUUCUUCUUUAAUAAUGAACCGAGGUACGUAAGUGAGCCUGAAAUGCACAGCAGAGAAUCAUGUUUUAAAGCUGUAAGAAGUCAGGGAGAACCCCUCAGUUGCCUAAUUCAAGCAGGGAAAGUAGUUAAGGAGGUCCCCUGGUGACAUCAUGGUUAUUAUUUGAUCUGCUAUCAGCAACGUCAGCAGUUCAAAACCACCAGCAGCCGUGUUGGAGAAAGAUGGGGCUUUCUACUCUUGGGAAGAGUUCAGU